AUGGAAUCUAGUCCUGCCCACAUUACAGAGGUUAAUUCAGCGUCCUCAACCUGCAACAUUGAUCACACCCAAUUGGCCGUUAGCUCCUUGGUUUCCUCUGGCUCUCCGUCUGACACAACAGCCCCCUCUUCUUCUCCUCCAAGAAGAUCUGGUAAGCGAAGAAGAUCAUCAUCUUAUCAAGAAGAAUCCCCGUUGGACAAUCCUAGCGUGGAACAUAUAACAAAGCGCCUGAAGCACUCCUCUUUGUCGUCGUCCGCUUUAGCCAUCAUUUCUCCCACAGCGUCCUCUACCCGACGACAGUACCACUUUAGGCAACAGAACUACGCUACGUGGUGCUCUACACGCCAAUUCAACUGUUAUGACCCGUUCCCACAGCAAAUCAUCAACUAUUUAGCAGAUCUUCACACUACCCACGGCCUCAAGCUCUCCACGCUCGUCACCUAUAGCAAUUCAAUUCUGGCUCUGUUCUCCGCCGAGGAUCAGCAAGCUAUCAAACGCUCCGAAACUUAUGUGGCCUUCCUUAAAGCACUCAAGGCUAAGACUAUCCUGUCUCCUCGACACUGGUCGUACGAUGUUGCUUCCGCUAUCAGUUACAUUGUUUCCUUAGGUUCUACCAAUGAUCUCUCAGACGAUCUCCUCACAGCUAAAACGGCUUGGCUCUUAGCGAUGGUUGGAUUUCUCCGUCCGUCUGACUUAGCAAGAGUGGAUCUGGACAAAUGCUCUAUUUCUGAGGACAAGGUCUUGCACUUGUGUGUCGUGGCUCCGAAAGAAACACGCCAAGGAUCCCACAUUACCAAGACAAUCACCAUUCACCCGCAUCCGGAUCCUCUUCUUUCCUCUGUCACAGCCUACUCGGUUUAUGUCUCUCGGAUUGCUUCGGUAACAUGCUACGUAGCUUAUCCAGCCUUCCCUUCAAUCAUUAUAUAUUGCCUCUUCCGCUCUUUAGCCGAUCACUCACAGUCAAUCGGGCUCGAACGAAUCUCUAAGCACAUCCGCCGAAUCAUGACACAUGUGGGAAAACCAGACGAUGCUCCGGUUCCCAAGGCCAGGGUCUUAGGUGCUACACUAGCCGCUCAAGCAGGCAUCGCAGUGGACGACAUAGUGGUACACGGUAACUGGUCUUCCAAGGCCAUAUUCGAACAGUUUUACCGUAUUUCUUCAAUGACGAACAACAGUCUCACGCUGGCUACUCUGGAUCAACAACCAAGAUCACAAAGCUCGAAGUGUAAUUUGAUGUAG